AUGCACGUCACGCACAAAAUUUCCACAGCCACUGUGGUGUAUACCACGGCGAGUGGCGCAUUUACCGCGGGGAAGAACAGCACUUCGUCGCUCUCAAGCUGCUUUCACCGUAUCCACCAACAUCGAUGCGGCGACAUCUUCGCCGUCUCGUCCCCCGCGAACGACUCGCACAUGCCCGCGACAUUCCUCGACCACGAUAUCUCCGCCAAUGGACCCUCGAGCCACCCUACCGACGCGGCAACCGCGUACACCCCGCCUUCAUCUCCGCGACGCGAGACGGUCAACCUCGAGGCGACCCCGUCUGGCCUCGUCCAGUGGCUCUUUGAUCCCCCGCACGCGACUCUACCACCGAGGAACCCCGCGGAGGACGAUCGACUCGCCUCUGCACUGAGGAGAGUCACGCACAGUGCGCUGUUUGGUCCUGCUUCCGAUCCACGAUGCACCGGGCUCGCACAAGCGCGGGGGACACGGGUGGCGACGACACCGCUGCGUCUGCUUAGAGUUCCGCGUUUAUUUGGCGUGGCGUGGCGCAUAGCAACGCAAAACGCGCCUGAUCUAGACGCGGUUUCUGCAAAAACUGUAGUUCGACGCAAUGUUGCCCCAGAACAUGAUGCUUCAGGUGCACUCCAGACGGGAGUGUCUGGCGGCUUGAUGAAAGGACGACGCGCGUACACCGUGCGCUGUCUGUACAUCUCCGGUACGCCCUCUUUCCGCGGAUUCCUCCUUUUCCCCGCCGACGUGCUAGUUAUGCUCGACACAUCAAGACUACUCCCAGACCUCGCUGUCGUCGUCACCCCUGGAUCCUACCCACCAGCCCAUCUCCAAGGCCACCUCUCCCAAUCUCUCGAGGGGAUGGACGCCUUCAUUAUGGGUGGAGAUACCCGGAUGGGGAAGAGUACUGUGGAAGAGAGCGGGAAGCCGCUGCGCGCCCAGGCCAGUGGAUGUUGCAGCGUACACUUCCCCGCCGCGUUACGAGGGCAUCAGUUGGACAUCGGUUGGUUUCACAUGCGAUGCUACGACCACGUCUCAUCGGCGAAACGCUUCUUUGGCGUGCACAAGCCUUUGCUCGCCGUGCGUGGAGUCUCGAUACCGAGCAGGGAUGCCUCUGAGGCACCGGGAACUCUGUACAUGCACUUCUAUUGCGGUGGGGCUCAAAGCCUCGAAGGUCGCGUACUGGUUGCGUAUCAUCGGACGUUCAGCACUGCGAUUUCGAGCGAAGAGGCGAGUGGAGUGUGGAGGCUCCCGCCUACGGCGACCAACAUCACUCCGGCGAGCUUGCACGUCGACAACUCCGGCUUCGCCCUCAAACACCUUGGCGACUACCGCGCCCGUGACAAUGAGCCAAAGAAGCUUUAG